AUGUCGAGUUCCUUUGUAACUUGGCUGCGUUCGCCUGCCGCUCGAGAGUACUUUUUUUCAACGCAUUUUUGGGGUCCUGUGGCCAAUUGGGGUCUGCCACUUGCUGCGAUUGCAGACCUGAAGAAAGAUGAGACGAUGAUCUCCUGGAGCAUGACACCGACGCUUUUCAUGUACUCAUGUGUGUUCAUGCGUUUUGCGCUACGCGUUCAGCCGAGAAAUAUGCUGCUUUUUGCCUGCCACCUCACAAAUGCUACGGCACAGGGCGUCCAGGUUUUGCGCCUCCUGCGGUACCAAUAUAACUUGCGAAAUGCAGACAAGGCCCAGGCCUAA